UUUAUGUCCAUGACGGCGAGGACUUCUCUUGCCGAAACACCAUGGAUCGUAGGAUGAUGUUUAUCGGCAUUGGUUCCCAGAAUUCGACUCAGGAAUCCAGAAAGAAUCAAGCAGACUUCAUACUCACUCGCGUGACAGCUCUGGAAAUGGAAUUUAUCUUGAUGAACGCAAAUGCUCAAACGGUCUCUAGAGCCCUCGCUGCCCAAAGAGGGAGAGCUACAAUCUAGAAUGCCAAAGACAAAACUAUUCUUUUUCGCGGUUCGAUGAAGGCAUAUUCGCUUGCGUCGCCGCAAGGCCACAAUCUAAUCGAGCGGUGUGCAGAGUAAUCGCGUGGCACCAUCACAAGCCAUAAGACUAAGCAGACGUAAAUCCCGGUGUUAUAAAUGGCGUCUACUGUCGAGUUCGAGGUUUUCUGGCGAUGGCGGCUAGCUCCAGCAGCGAAGACGUCGACGAAGUACCCAGUAGCGAUGAUAAGGGUGAAAUUGCGGAGUAUGUGCACAAAGGAAACGAUCUUUACAGGCGGGGAAAGUACAAUGAGGCAAUAUGCGCUUACUCCAAGGUCUACCAAAAAGGUGUGCCGCACUCUGGGAUACUUCUCUCGAAUCGGUGUGCUGCUUAUUGUAAGUUUAACGAGUAUCUGAGAAGAGUUCCUGCUUCUGUCUCUGAAGAGAAUGCACUGUAUGGGAGAGAUCCCAUGGAGCUUGCUCAACUGGCACUAAAAGACGCGGAAAAACUUAUGAAACUCUCCCGCGACUGGCCAAAGUCUUAUCUACGUAAAGGAUCAGCAUUGCUUCUGUUGGAGCAAUAUGAAGAAGCAAGAGCAACUUUUCUUUCGGGCCUUAAGCUGGAUCCGAAAAAUGUGCCUCUGUUGAUGGCUCUGAGCCGAUUGGUCUGCGAGGAAGGCACUGGCACGAGUGCUGAAUCUGGUGCUCCAAAAAGAUUGAAGCUGCAACGGUGCGACGAUUUUGACUGUACUUUGUGUCUGAAACUACUCUACAACCCUGUCACUACCCCUUGCGGCCAUUCAUUUUGUCGGGCUUGCCUGCUACAAGCACUGGACCAUGGCAACAAGUGUCCUAUGUGUCGUACCGUUCUCUUCGUGAAUCCUAAAACGUACCCAGUUAGUGUCACCUUGAACAAUGUCAUUCAGCGGAAUUUUGCCGAGGAGUACCAAGACCGAAAAGCUGAAGUCGAUGGCAUGACUCUUGCUGGUAACGAGAUCUUGCCAUUGUUCGUGAUGGACUUCGUUGUUCCUUUUGAAAAGAUGUGCCUCAACAUUUUCGAACCGCGGUACAGAUUGAUGGUACGAAGAAUUAUGGAAGGAAAUCACCGAAUGGGAAUGGUGGGAGUAGAUCCACAAACCGGAACUAUAGCAGAUGUUUGUUGCGAGGUCGAAAUAUGCGAGUGUGACCCGCUGCCAGAUGGAAGAUUUCUCCUACAGGUGGAAGGAAGGCGUCGAUGCCAUAUAACUAAAAGCUGGGAACAAGACGGUUACCGAGUGGGCCAAGUCCAAAGCUUUCAAGACAAACUGCCUCCAAAUGGCUCCGAAGAAAACGAAGAGCUCGUUGAAAUGGCAAAAACCGCUCGAGAGAUGGCGACUUCUUUGAUUUCUCACAUCCAAACGGCAGAUCAUCACUCUCGAGUCACAGAGCUACUGCUACGUGCGGAAGGGAUGCCUGAUAUAUCGGACGUAGAACGCUUCAGUUUUUGGGUAACCAAUCUUGUGAGCAUCAGAUCGUCCGAGAAACUGGAGCUAUUGCGUCUCACCAACACACAGACUCGCCUUGCUCGUGGCAUUUCGCGACUGCGAGCAAUAGGAAACCAAGGAGGGUGUCGUGUCCAGUAGAAGUUCAAAGGAAAAAUCACAAAAAAAGUUACCUCUAUAAAGAUCCAAACGUUAGGUUCCUGGAUUUUGCAUGGAUCUAUUAUGGAGCCGUGCUGUGUUGCGGAGCGAUAUCUUGCCGGUAAGCUAGAAGAAGCUCUAGCCGAUCUAGCGCAGUACCAAAUGGUACUCUUCGCAAUAAGCAGCACUAGCGAUGCCUGGAGCUUGCUAGUUUAUCGCCAA